CUCGUUGUGCGCAUGCGCGCGGGAAAGAGCGCGAGAGUUGUCCGAAAUUCAUGUUCGGUAAAACUCCUCCCACAACAUGCACGUCAUCAGUGAAGCUCCUCCCACAACAAUCACACAUUCAGCAAUAAAUGCUGGAAUAUUCUCAUCAAAUCAUCAGGAAGAGCUGAAAUCUGCACAGACUGAGUUUAUUAAAGAGGACAGAGAGAAGAUGAGAGACACUGAAGAUACUGAACAACAAACAGAGUUGAUUGAAGACAAUGAGAUGAAAGAAGAAUUGAGUGAAUCUGAUGAGCAAAAUCACGUCAGAAGUGAAGAAAAACCCAAACCGAACGAUUUAAAGACAAGAAGAGCCAAGAAAUCUUUCACCUGCUCUCAGUGUGGUAAAAGUUUGACAUGCAAAAGUCAUCUUGAGCGUCACAUGACAAUUCACACUGGAGAGAAACCGUUCACUUGUGAUCAGUGCGGGAAGAGUUUCACACGAUCAUCAAACCUUAAACAACACAUGAACAUCCACACUGGAGAAAGGCCAUACUCAUGUGAUCAGGGCGGGAAGAGUUUCUCACAAUCAGCAAACCUUAAGAAACACACGAACAUCCACACUGGAGAGAAGCUGUAUGCGUGUGAUCAAUGUGGAAAGAGUUUCACAUACAAAAGAUAUCUUGAUGUUCACAUGAGAAUUCACACUGGAGAGAAACCGUUCACUUGUGAUCAGUGCGGGAAGAGUUUCACACAAUCAGCAAACCUUAAGGAUCACAUGAGCAUCCACACUGGAGAAAAGCAGCACUCAUGUGAUCAGUGUGGGAAAACAUUUUUGUGGGCUUCAAACCUGAAGACACACCUGAAAGUUCAUACAAAGGAGAAGCCACAUUCAUGUCAUUUGUGUGGAAAGACUUUUACAUAUCUAAAAAAUUUUAAACAACAUCAGAAAAUGCAUACUGGUGUGAGAGACUACAUGUGCUUUGAGUGUGAAAAGACUUUUACUACAUUGAACUGUUUAAAAAUGCAUGAGAGGAUUCACACUGGAGAAAAACCUUAUAUGUGUUCACACUGUGGCAAGAGAUUCAGUCUGUCAAGACAACUGAAAAGACACGAGAGGAUUCACACUGGAGAAAAACCUCACAAGUGUUCACACUGUGACAAGAGAUUCAGUCAGUCAUCAUAUCUGAAAAUACACGAGAUGAUUCACACUGGAGAGAAACCAUACAAGUGUUUACACUGUGACAAGAGAUUCAGUCAGUCAUCACAUCUGAAAACACACGAGAGGAUUCACACUGGAGAAAAACCGUACAAGUGUUUACACUGUGACAAGAGAUUUAGUCAGUCAUCAUAUCUGAAAAUACACGAGAUGAUCCACACUGGAGAGAAACCAUAUCACUGCACUGAAUGUGGGAAGUGUUUCAAUCAAUCUUCUUCUCUACGCCGUCAUACAAAACACAAUCACAAGUUGAUUGAAGACAAUGAGAAGAAAGAAGAAUUGAGUGAAGUUGAGGAGAAAAAUCAUGUCAGAAGUGGAGAAAAACCCAAACCGAACGAUUUAAAGAAAAGAAGAGCCAAGAAAUCUUUCACCUGCACUCAGUGUGGAAAGAGUUUGACAUGCAAACGUCAUCUUGAGCGUCACAUGAGAAUUCACACUGGAGAGAAACCGUUCACAUGUGAUCAGUGCGGGAAGAGUUUCAGACAAUCAUCCAACCUUAAAAAACACAAGAACAUCCACACUGGAGAAAAGCAGCACUCAUGUGAUCAGUGCGGGAAAACAUUUUUGUCGGAUUCAUACCUGAAGCAGCACCUGAGAGUUCAUACAAAGGUGAAGCCACAUUCAUGUCAUUUGUGUGGAAAGAGUUUUACAUGUUUACAAUAUUUAAAAGACCAUAAGAAAAUACAUAAUGCUGUGAGAGACUACAUGUGCUUUGAGUGUGAAAAGACUUUUACUACAGCAAAAGAUUUGAAACGGCACCAGAUGAUUCACACUGGAGAAAAACCUCACAAGUGUUCACACUGUGACAAGAGAUUCAGUCAGGCAAUACAUCUGAAAACACAUGAGAGGAUCCACACUGGAGAAAAACCGUAUCACUGCACUGAAUGUGGGAAGCGUUUCAAUCAAUCUUCUGCUCUACGCCGUCAUACAAAACACAAUCACAGUAAGUAGAUCAUCUUCAGAUCCAGCACUUUCAGGUCUGAUUCACGUCCUCACCAAAUGUGACACAAUAAUAUAUAUCAAACAAUAAAAUAUCAUCUGGAUCAAUCUGUCAUUACAUGUGACAUGACAAAGAAACAUCAUCUAAAGUUUUCACAGUGAAUAAAGUUCAUCUUCAUCUUCAAAACCAGCAGAUUGAACUGUGAGAUUCAGAUCAACUCAAAGAUGGAGUUCCUCCUCAAAGAACAAUGUCCAAACGUUUUAUUCCUAUAAUAACUUUGCUUCAUGAUUUAAAUGAUACUUUGAUUAUGAUUUUAAAUGGUGCUUUCUUAUGGGUUUCAUAUUAUGUUCAAUAUGUUUAAUAAGCAGGACUGUAAGAAUAGUAACACCAUUAAAACCUUACUGAACCCUGUUUCUACUUGUAAGUCGGUAGGAGAGAGAGAUCCGGCUCAUUUUUGUAUUUUGUAAUUAUUGAUUAAAUGUUACCUUUUUAAAUAAUACAUCAUCCUUAUUUUUAUAUAUUAUAUACAAAUUUUAUUGUCUGCUGAUUGUAAUUCAGAGACAUAAAGUCAGAAUUGCGAGAUACUCUAUAAACUCACAUUUGCAAGCAACAGAGUCAGAACUGCAAGAUUAAAAGAAAAAAAAAACUCAUAAUUCGGACUUUUUCCCCUGCAACUGCAAGUUUAUAUCUCACAGUUCUGACUUUAUAACUCAAAUGCACAUUAUAAAGUCACAAGAUAAAGAAACUGCGAGAUAAAAAAAGUCAAAGUCGCAAUUACCGUUUUAUUUUUUUAUUUUUG